UAGGAUGUGUUUGGCUGCAAGAAGCAGAACUUAACUAAAACAGGUUUUGACAGCCUGGGCAGUUACUGACUCUGUAACAGGAAGACAGAAGCUGGUGACUCAGAUCCAUUUCAGUAGCUCCUCGAGGCCACUAAGGACCUAGGCUUUUCCAUCAUGCUGGUGCUGUGUCCCCAGUGACACCCUGCCUGGUCACCAUGGCUGCAGCAGCCUCAAGGGGCACAUUUUUUCCUGGCGAUGUCCAAAUGCACUAAAGGAAGAUGUUUCUCAUCACUUGUCUUUUUUUUUUCUUUUCCUCCAGGGAAUACAGUUUUUCCUAUAACCCCCUGGCUGGCCUGCUCUCCCUCUUCACUGGCCAGAACUGAGUCAUGCUUCCCCUUCCAAACCAAUCGUGGGCAAAGACAAAGGGGCUUCCAGAGCAGCUUCAGACCACUCACGGUGCAUCGACUGGAGCUGGAGGGUUGCCUGCUGCCUGAUGAACAGCAGGAUUGUGAGCCUGGGAGAAGCAAAAUCGUCCAGUGGGCAGAGGAGUUGGUGGGCCAGGAGUUCUGCUACAGUCUGACCAGCAAGAACUGUGAGCAUUUCGUCAAUGAGCUGCGCUACGGGGUCUCCCGCAGCGACCAGGUCAGAGAUGCUCUCACAGCAGCUACCAUCUCGGGAGUGGGCCUGAUAGCCCUAUCUGCUGGAGUCAUGUUCUCAAGAAACAAGAAGCAACAUCAAUGACCUGAAGGGAGUGUCUUGUCAGCAGUGACAUUAUACUUUGAGGGGAGUCUUGUGUUGCUAGACAGUUUUGAGAGAGUUAACAGGCAGGUUGAUAGGGAGUCCAAGGCCCCUUUAAGGAGGAAGUAAACUUUCUUUCUUUUUCAUAUUCUUUUGCCUUAGUCUCAUAGGCUCUGUAAGCUAUGAUAUAUCUUUUCAAGGACGGGCUAAUUUGAAAAGCUCUGUGUUAAUUUUGCAACAGUCUAUUUCAUUUGAAAACUGGACUGUUAAGCAUAAUAUAUCUUACUGCUGGGUAUGCUUUUCUCAGACUCUAUGUCUUCAUGUUAGUCAUUACAACUGUAACAAAUGUUGCCUGGGAACCUGUUUCCUCACUGCCUACACAGUCAUAACACAUCUCUCCCCAGGACAGAGUGCUUGAAACCCAUUCUACCGGACAAGUCUUGGGCCAAUGUUAUCUCAAGAUGUAUGCUGUGGGAGAGGGACUGGAUAAAACUUUCUCAGUCUUGAGGCAUUCUUUUUAUCUAUUCUCAGCAGCCAGUUGAAAAGUAUAUAAUGCCUUGCUUAAACUAGUGAGGGGGGCACUCUUUCUACCCCACUUCUGAUAUGUAUGUAAGAAGCUUUCUCUAUCCUUUUACCUUAAAUAAAAAUCU